AUGUCUAGGAGUAUAGAAGUAAACCUGAAUACAAACUCCUCUUUAGCUACAGUUUUCAAUCUUCAGUCUUUAGAUGUCAGUGACUCGACUGCCUCUGUAUUUGAACUAGUCAAUCUUACAAUUCUAACAUCCAUCAUUUGUUUUCUGGGCAUCCCCUUGAACUUCCUAAACAUUGUUGUGUUCUUGAAGCAAGGGAUGACGUCAACAGUCAACAUCAGCUUACUGGCGCUGUCUAUCACUGACCUGAUUAACAUCCUGCUCAUUGAGUGGGUCUGUAUAAGUUCCUAUACAUUUUGGUCAAACAGCCAGGACAUUGAUAUUCUGCCGAGAGAGAUUAGCUAUUUGACCGGUGGCUUCCCACACGGGUGUAUGUCGAGGAUUGCUGCCUGGAUUACAUGCUACAUGACCGCAGAGAGAUGCCUCUGUAUAGCGUUACCGUUUAAAAUCAAAACUUUGAUAACACCAAGGCUCACUGUCAUAGUUUUGAUAAUAAUAUACAUAUUCAGCAUUGUACCUUUGGUUCCAGAGUAUCUGUUCUUCAAGCUUGAUUGGAAAUACUCUUCGCAGCUCAAUAGACUCAUCAUUGGCUUGGUGCCCAAUCUUGACCAGCUUCAUUUAGAAGGAGUUAGUUUUCUGUCGUACUCUGUCAUGACAGUCACCUCCUUUUUGACUGUCAUCUGUCUGACUCUGAUUCUAAUUCUACAGCUCAAGAAGAUGUCACUAUGGCGCAGUACUGCACAAGGCUCUCUCAAACCAUCAAAAUCUUUGACGCAGAAAGACCAGAUGGCCAUCAGGACAGUCCUGGUAGUCGCUUGUGUUCUAAUUAUCACAUUUACACCCAGUUUUAUAUUCUGUGGUGUUUGUUUUAUAGUUCCAGGUUUCGCCUUGACAGGCUCGUUGAGUAAUUCUUAUAUUAUAUUCAUAUCGUUUGCAUUUCUGUUUGACGCUACAAACGCCAGCAUCAACACCGUGUUGUAUUGCACCCUGAACAGAAGCUACAGAGAAACUUUCAAGACAUUGUUUGGUAUAUCGUCUGCCCCAACAGCAUAA